AUGGAGGCGGCGCGCACGGAGCGCCCCACAGGCUGGCCCGGGGCGCCCCUCGCCCGGACGGGGCUCCUGCUCCUGUCGACGUGGGUCCUGGCCGGCGCGGAGAUCACUUCGGGCGCGACAGGCGGUCCUGGGCGCCCCGCGGCCCCGGCUUCGCAGUUGCCGGCGCUUCCUCCUCUCUCUCCGCGGGCAGUGGCAAGCCAGUGGCCGGAGGAGCUGGCGACGGUGCAGAGAGGCACCGUGCUGGGGCGCCAGCCCGGACCAGAGCCGCUGCCCCAGCCAGGCGGCGGCAGCAGCAGAAAGAAGCAGAGAGAAACCGGGGGGCUGUCGCCUGCAGACGUGCUCUGGGGACAGGGCAUCCCGGCUCCUGGCAAGCCUGGCGGCGCGAGGAGGAGUCGCCGGGCUCAGCCCCCCAGCGCCCUGGAACGUGGGGACGCUUGGGCCACUGCCUUGGCCGAUGGUUCCAAAGGAAGCCGCUCUCUCGCCAAGGGUCUCCGGGAGGAGGUGAAGGCGCCGCGGGGGGCAGUGGCGGAAGACCUCCGGCUGCCCAGCACCUCGUUCGCGUUGACCGGGGACUCGGCCCACAACCAAGCCAUGGUGCACUGGUCGGGACACAACAGCAGCGUUAUACUUAUCCUGACGAAGCUGUACGACUUCAACCUGGGGAGCGUGACUGAGAGUUCACUUUGGAGAUCAACGGAUUACGGCACCACCUAUGAGAAGCUGAAUGACAAAGUGGGUUUGAAGACUGUCCUCAGUUACCUCUACGUCAAUCCCACCAACAAAAGGAAGAUAAUGCUUCUUAGUGAUCCUGAAAUGGAGAGCAGCAUAUUGAUCAGCUCAGAUGAAGGGGCAACUUAUCAGAAAUACCGCCUCACCUUCUAUAUCCAGAGUCUGCUCUUUCAUCCGAAGCAAGAGGACUGGGUGCUCGCCUACAGUCUGGAUCAAAAGCUCUACAGCUCCAUGGACUUUGGCAGACGGUGGCAACUCAUGCAUGAACGCAUCACACCCAACAGGUUUUACUGGUCAGUGGCGGGAUUGGACAAGGAGGCGGACCUGGUGCACAUGGAGGUGCGGACAGCGGAUGGAUAUGCUCACUACCUCACCUGCAGGAUCCAGGAAUGUGCCGAGACAACUCGGAGUGGGCCCUUUGCCCGCUCCAUUGACUUCAGUUCCCUGGUCGUCCAGGAUGAGUAUAUCUUCAUUCAGGUAACAACUGGUGGAAGAGCCAGCUACUACGUGUCCUAUAGAAGAGAGGCCUUCGCUCAGAUAAAGUUACCCAAGUACUCGCUGCCGAAGGACAUGCACAUCAUCAGUACCGAUGAGAACCAAGUGUUUGCAGCAGUCCAAGAAUGGAACCAGAACGACACAUACAACCUCUACAUCUCAGACACCCGUGGUAUCUACUUCACCUUGGCCAUGGAGAACAUUAAGAGCAGCCGAGGUCUAAUGGGAAACAUCAUUAUUGAGCUGUAUGAGGUAGCAGGUAUCAAAGGGAUAUUCCUGGCAAACAAGAAGGUGGAUGACCAGGUGAAGACAUACAUCACUUACAACAAGGGCAGGGAUUGGCGCCUACUGCAAGCUCCAGACGUGGACCUGAGAGGAAGCCCAGUACACUGCCUGCUGCCCUUCUGCUCCUUACACCUGCACUUGCAGAUCUCUGAAAAUCCAUAUUCCUCAGGAAGAAUCUCUAGCAAGGAGACAGCCCCAGGACUUGUGGUGGCUACAGGCAACAUUGGCCCGGAGCUCUCAUAUACUGAUAUUGGUGUGUUCAUCUCUUCUGAUGGGGGCAACACUUGGAGACAGAUCUUUGAUGAAGAGUACAAUGUCUGGUUCCUAGACUGGGGUGGCGCCCUCGUAGCCAUGAAACACACACCUCUGCCAGUCAGGCAUUUGUGGGUGAGUUUUGACGAGGGCUACUCCUGGGACAAGUAUGGUUUCACUUCGCUUCCUCUAUUUGUCGACGGGGCUCUGGUGGAGGCAGGAGUGGAGACCCAAAUCAUGACAGUCUUUGGCCACUUCAGCCUCCGUUCUGAAUGGCAGUUGGUGAAAGUGGACUACAAAUCUAUCUUCAGCCGGCACUGCACCAAGGAGGACUAUCAGACCUGGCACCUGCUCAAUCAGGGAGAGCCUUGCGUCAUGGGAGAAAGGAAAAUAUUCAAGAAACGCAAACCAGGAGCUCAGUGUGCCCUGGGCCGGGACUCCUCAGGGACGGUGGUCUCAGAACCCUGUGUCUGUGCCGAUUGGGAUUUUGAGUGUGACUAUGGCUAUGAGAGACAUGGAGAGAGCAAGUGUGUCCCAGCCUUCUGGUACAAUCCAGCAUCCCCGUCAAAGGACUGCAGCCUUGGUCAAAGCUACCUUAACAGCACUGGGUACCGGCGAAUUGUGUCCAACAACUGCACAGACGGGCUGAGGGAGAAAUACACCGCCAAGGCCCAGAUGUGCCCUGGAAAAGCCCCUCGGGGCCUCCAUGUGGUGACCACCGAUGGACGCCUGGUGGCAGAGCAGGGGCACAAUGCGACCUUCAUCGUCCUCAUGGAGGAGGGUGAUCUCCAAAGGACAAAUAUCCAGCUUGACUUUGGGGAUGGGAUUGCGGUGUCCUAUGCUAACUUCAGCCCCAUCGAGGAUGGCAUCAAGCAUGUGUACAAGAGUGCGGGGAUCUUCCAGGUGACAGCCUAUGCGGAGAAUAACCUGGGCUCAGACACAGCUGUCCUCUUCCUGCACGUGGUUUGUCCUGUGGAGCAUGUUCAUCUCCAAGUUCCAUUUGUCGCCAUAAGAAAUAAGGAGGUCAACAUCAGUGCAGUUGUGUGGCCCAGUCAGCUAGGGACACUUACCUAUUUCUGGUGGUUCGGCAAUAGCACAAAGCCCCUCAUCACCUUGGACAGCAGCAUUUCCUUCACAUUCCUUGCAGAGGGAACCAAUACCAUCACUGUCCAGGUGGCUGCUGGGAAUGCCCUUAUCCAGGACACGAAGGAUAUUGCAGUUCAUGAAUACUUCCAGUCCCAACUCUUAUCAUUCUCCCCUAAUCUGGAUUACCACAAUCCUGAUAUUCCUGAGUGGAGGCAAGAUAUUGGCAAUGUCAUCAAGCGAGCUCUGGUUAAAGUAACCAGCGUCCCGGAAGACCAGAUCCUAGUUGCUGUGUUCCCUGGUCUCCCCACUUCAGCAGAGCUCUUCAUCCUCCCCCCAAAGAACUUGACCGAGAGGAGGAAAGGCAAUGAAGGGGACCUGGAACAAAUUGUAGAGAUGCUGUUUAAUGCUCUAAACCAAAACCUGGUCCAGUUUGAGCUGAAGCCAGGAGUUCAAGUCAUUGUGUAUGUGACACAGCUGACAUUAGCUCCCUUGGUGGACUCCAGUGCUGGGCACAGCAGCUCAGCUAUGCUUAUGCUCUUGUCAGUAGUGUUUGUCGGCUUGGCUGUGUUUCUGAUCUACAAGUUUAAAAGGAAAAUCCCCUGGAUUAACAUCUAUGCUCAAGUCCAACACGACAAGGAGCAGGAGAUGAUUGGGUCAGUGAGCCAAAGUGAAAACACCCCCAAAAUCACACUCAGUGACUUCACCGAGCCCGAGGAACUGCUGGACAAAGAGCUGGACACCCGGGUCAUAGGAGCCAUUGCCACCAUUGCAAACAGCGAAAGCACAAAGGAGAUCCCCAACUGCACUAGUGUUUAA